AGAGUAUACCAGCUAAAGGAAACCCUGGAUGAUACUUGAAACUACAAGUACCAAAUAUUGAAAGACCAUUCUGAUUUGUAAAUUUAGCUAGAAGGGGUAUUGAAAUCAUUGCUAACCAUGCUAUUGAAUGCAAUAUUAUAGGUAAUUUUGGUAUUACUUUAAAUUGAGUUUUGAGUGUUAAUCGUAUAUAUAUGCAAAAUACUAUAUUAUAUGAUACUUCUCCUGUUCCUGCGAAGAUACUAAACAAUGAAUUGAUUUAACAAAAUGGACCCGAACUUAGAGGAUUUUAACCAUACAUUGUAUAAUAACAAGCAGUCAUAAACCAAUGUAUACACAAAAUUGCAUCAGAAAGUGAUAUAAAGAAAACUAUAUCUCCAGGCAUCUUCCUUGAAUUUGGAUACUUUACAAAGCUAUAAGUGAUGAACAUUGUGCAUAAAAAUGCUAAUGGGGCUAAUUCAUAAUAAUACUCUUCAAUACAAACAAUUAAAAAUAUAUAUUGAUCUAAAGGUUACACGAUUAUCUUUUCAGAAAGUUCAACAUCAG